AACAUUACUGUUUAGUGUAUCGUAAACUGCCAGCGUUGAUCGCUGCUUUAUCACACAAGAAUAAUGGCUACGAAAAGCAGGUGGGAGACCAAUGAGGAAAUACAGUAUUUUCGGGAAUAUCUCCGAAUCCCUAGUGUACACCCAGAUCCCGAUUAUGAACCUUGUGUGGAAUUUUUAAAACUACAAGCGAAAUUGCUCGAUCUUCCCAUACAAGUACAUUAUCCAGCCAAUGAUCGUAAUCCAGCUGUGAUCUUAACAUGGCAAGGCAAAGAGCCUUCGUUACCUGCCAUAUUUUUGCACUCGCAUAUGGAUGUGGUGCCGGUAUUUCCAGAGAAUUGGUCCCAUCCACCAUUCGCCGCUGACAUCGAUGAAGAAGGACGGAUAUUUGCACGCGGCGCACAAGACAUGAAAUGUGUUGGAAUGCAAUACCUGGGCGCGAUUCGCGCACUCAAGAAGAGUGGAGCAAAAUUUAAACGAACAAUUCAUAUAUCGUUUAUCGCAGAUGAGGAAAUGGGUGGACGUUUUGGUAUGCGUCCAUUUGUGCAUACUGCAGAAUUCAAAUCUUUGAAUGUAGGAUUUUCAUUGGAUGAGGGCCUGGCGUCGCCCAGUGAAGAGUUCCCCGUGUUCUUUGCCGAGCGUAGUGUGUGGCGUAUAUAUUUUCAGAUUUCAGGCACAGCUGGACAUGGUUCACUUCUCUUGAAAAAUACAGCUGGCGAGAAACUUCACUAUAUAGUUAACAAAAUGAUGGGAAUGCGUGAGCAAGAAUUACAAAAAUUGGAAAAUAAUCCCGAAUUCACCAUCGGCGAUGUGACCACAAUAAAUUUAACACGCCUAGGCGGUGGUGUUCAAAGUAAUGUCGUACCGCCGUCGUUAAUGGUUUGCUUCGAUGUACGUCUGGCGAUCGAUGUAGAUCAAAAAGAGUUUGAAAAUCAGCUUCAUCGGUGGUGCAAAGAUGUUGGAGGAGGUAUUGAACUUGAAUAUGAACAAAAACGUCCUCGUGUUGCUCCCACUCCUACAGAUAAAAAGAAUCCAUUUUGGGUUGCAUUUAAAAGUGCUACCGACGAGUUGAAUUUAAAGAUUUCUAAGCAAAUUUUUGCUGGUGGCACCGACAGUCGUUAUAUAAGAGAAGUUGGCAUACCGGCUUUGGGUUUCUCGCCGAUGAACAAUACCCCAGUGUUGCUACACGAUCACGAUGAGUUCAUAAAAGCAGAUACUUAUUUGCGUGGGAUUGAGAUUUAUAAGAAAAUUAUAGCGAAACUAGCAGAGGUGUAAAGUAAAGGCUUAAUAUCAGUCGUAUAUACAUAUGUAUGUAUUAAUGUGUUAUAAAAGUAUGCGCCAAUAUACAGUAUAAUCUCGAUAAUUCGGACAAUUAAAUACCAGAGGUUGUCCGAAAUAUCGAAUUUUCCGGAUUAUCGAGUGGGUAAAAAAUUUAAUAGAAAUCAGUAGAUCAGUAAUUAAAUGAAAAAAACUUUUAUUUAAUCUUAAAUUGAUUAAUAUUCAAUGAGUUAUAUGUGCAUAUAUUAGUUUUUAUUCGGCCGUAAAAUAAUUCAAUAUAUUCGUUUGCCGCAAUUUUGUUUCAUUUCUCUUUCUGAAGGCAAUAUUUCUGAGACUCACAAGUUUUAAAAUGUCUCCGGAUGAAAAUUCCUGUUCCUCUGCAUAUUUAAUACAACUAUCAAAUGCGACAAUAGCUUGAGAGUGCGAAAUUUUAGGAUCUUGACUUUCAUUUUCGUCAAGACUGCUGUUCUCGUUAUCUUCUUCCUCAAUCUCGUUGAUAUCGAAAUCAGUGUCGUCAUUCAACCACUCAGUAAUCUCGUUAUCAUUAUAUACAUCAGGGGAUAUUUCAACAAGAAGAUCAAUUAUUUUAGUUGAGCUGCUGGGCCGUAGCAUCGCAAGAGACAAAUCAUCAUCUGAGUCCCAUUCUUCGUCAUAAAGAAUUUUGUUAAAACAUUUUCUGAGCACGCGUUCAUCCACAUUUUUCCAAGCAUUAGACGAUAAAAAAGCCACAUCUUUUAAUGUAAAGUUUUUUAAAGAUUCCGGGAGAUUGCUCGUUGGGCUGGACAAAAGUAGAGACAAAAAACUCUUCCGAUAGUUUGUCUUUAAAAUUCGGAUAGCAUUUUGGUCCAUUGGCUGUAUAAGAGCCGUGCAGUUUGGUGGCAAAAACAUAACAUAUAUGUCCUUAUCGACAUCCGACAGUGAUUGGGGAUGGCAAGUUGCAUUGUCUAGCAGUAAAAUGGCUUUGGUUGGUAAAUUCUUUUCCUUUAAGUAACGCUUUACUUCUUUAACGAAUGAGUUUUCAAACCAAUUUUUAAAGAUUUACUCUGUCAUCCAAGCAUUUUUGGUAUAGGAGUACCCAAGCGGAAGGUUUACUUUUUUAAACGCUCUGGGGUUUUUGGCUUUCCCUAUCAUGAACAAUGGAAGUUUACGUUCUCCGGUGGCAUUACAGCAAACUAGAAAUGUUACUCUUUCUUUUCCAAUUUUGCGCCCGGGUGCGGAUUUUUCAUUAUGCAAUGCAAGGGUUUUUUCUGGAAGUUUUCUCCAAAACAAAGCAGUCUCAUCUGCAUUAUAAACCUGAUCAUACGUAAUGCCCAUUUCUGCAAUUUUCUUUCGCAAUUUUUCAAUAAAGGGUUGCACAGCAGUAGAAUCAUUGGAAAGUUUUUCGCCAGAUAUUUUUAAGAAUUUAAUUCCAUAUCGGGAGCGAAAAUUACUAAACCAACCAUUACUAGCCACAAAUUCCACACUUUGUCCGUAAAUUUGGAAACAGAAUUGUUUGGCCUUUCUUUGAUGAUUUCCGAGGAAAUCCGUGCAUUGUUUCGUCUUGCGUUUACAAACCAUUUAUACAAGUGGUCUUCCAUCUUUUCAAACUCCGCAGGCCGCAUAGUUUUACGCUUUCCAAGGCCACAUUAUGUUCUAGCAAUGUAACUGCAAAAUAUAAUCAAAGGAGUGUAAACUCUUCUUACAAAAUGUUUUCGUUUUUUACCUAUCAAUCUUUAAUCCACUUGAUUUUAUGUCCGAAAUUGUACAAUAGAUUUACCUACAUUGUAUUACGCAGCUAGCUGUCGAAUUGACUGUCCUUCACUUAGUUUCUUAAGAACUUCUUUUUUCUGGUCUAUCGUUAAAAACGUAAGUUUUUUCUUAGCUGCUGGUGCCAUAGUUAAAUUUAUACAGCCCACAGUUAAAGAAAUUAUGGAGUUAAUGUUUGAAAUUAGCUACUGAACUACACGUUACGCAAAUAUGCUUAUGAAUAUGAACUAGGAGGCUGACGAGCAUUUAAACGCACUAUUCACGCAAAGUAGUUAGCAGGGGAGUCCCCUUUAUAAAAUAAAAUAAAAAAUAACGGAAUUCCUUUUUAUUUCAGCAUAUUCACUGGAAAAUAAAGAAGUGUCCGAAUUUUAGAGGUACAUGAAUAAGUGGUGUCCGGAUUACAGAGACUUCAAUAGAAAACGUUUUGGUGUCCGGACUACCGCGCUGUCCGAAUUAUCAAGUGUCCGAAUUACCAAGAUUAGACUGUACUAAAAUAAUUUUUGCAAGGUAAAUCUUAACCAAAAUUUUAUGUAUGCUAAUUAAUAAAAAUAUAAUUUGUUGAAUUAAUAUUCAAAUAGUUAA